AGAGUUUGAACCUGUGUUCAUCAGGAGGCAACAGGUCUGCAAUGAGGGCCAGACAUCACUGUGUAAUAGCUCUUAAAGACCAAAGACAUUACCAUGUCCUUAAACUACAUAAAGAACUUCUAUGAGGGAUGUCUCCGGCCUCCAACUGUGAUUGGUCAGUUCCACACCCUGUUUUUUGGCUCUGUGCGCAUGUUCUUCCUGGGUGUUCUGGGGUUUGCAGUUUAUGGGAAUGAGGCCCUUCACUUCAGCUGUGAUCCUGACAGAAGAGAGCUCAACCUCUUCUGUUAUAAUCAGUUUAGACCUGUGACGCCCCAGGUGUUUUGGGCUCUUCAGCUAGUGACUGUGCUCGUUCCAGGAGCUGUGUUCCAUCUAUAUGCAGCCUAUAAAAACAUUGACCAAGAGGAUAUUCUGGAACAACCAACAUACACUGUGUUCUACAUCAUUUCUGUCCUCUUGCGAAUUGUCCUUGAGGUGGCAGCAUUCUGGCUUCAGAGUCGUCUCUUUGGAUUCCUGGUUCAUUCAUUGUACUUCUGUGAUGCCAGUUCACUGGAGAAAGCUUUCAACUUUACCAAGUGUAUGGUGCCCGAGCACUUCGAAAAGACCAUCUUCCUCAGUGCAAUGUAUAUUUUCACCAUUAUCACCAUGAUUUUGUGUAUGGCUGAGAUAUUUGAAAUACUCUGCAGAAGGCUGGGCUAUCUAGCAAAUCAACAACAACCAUGAACUUGUAAAAUAACAGACAAAAUAAUUACCUAAUUUCCAUUCAUCCAGGUUUUAUCACAUUAUUCUCUACCUCAGGUAGAAUUAUAUGCUGUGAAA